AUGAACGUCAUGGACCAAAUGGCCGUCAACCAGAACCGGUCACUGUUCGAAAAGUACGGUAUCCCCCUAGCCGAUAUCGACUUCGACUAUGUGAAGACUUGCGAGGAUCCGAAAUUAUUGAAACGCAUCAUUAAAAUAUUGGAAUCUGGAGAAGAAGGAUUUUAUCCUGCACUAUUGAGGGCAACUGAAACUCGUUUACGCCAAAUUAAACCAGAUGCUUCAAUAUUGAAUAGAAAACUUUGCUUUGCUCAAAAGUCUUCUGAUCUAUCAGUAAACAAAGAUUAUGAUGAUGAACUUAAUGAUGUGACUAAUUGGAUAAAAAAAGCAAAUCAACAAGAAAAAGAAUUGUCAUCUGUAAGGCAAAACUCAAAAAGCCUCAUGAAUGGUCACAGUGAACCACCCGUUCGAAGAUCUAUUGAUUUAACAUCAAUGUUCAAUAGUGAAAAGCCUGAACAGGAAUUAUCAAUGCACAAAAAAUCUAGUGUAAAACAUGAACCAUUGGGAGCCUCAUAUUCUAAAUGGGAUAAAUAUGAUCCUGAUGUCGAAAUAAUGAAGUUGGAUAACAAAGAAAAGAUUGACAAGUUACAAGCGCAUAAGAAAAAAAAUAUGAAUUCAAAUUGUUUGUCAGUUGGAUUGAAUGAUUCAAAAAGUUUUAAUGAUAGAGUUAAAUCUAUGAAGAAUUAUGUAGAUACAAUGUCUAAAUGUGGUACAUUUAAACCUCAAGACUUGGCUAUGCGAGAAAAAGAACUGGGAAAUGAAUGUUUUAAAUCAAAUGAUUACGAAGAAGCGAUUUGUCAUUACAAUACUAGUAUUAGUAUUCAUUCAACACCUGAAGCAAGAAACAAUCGUGCUAUGUCCUUUAUAAAAUUGAAAAAACAUGAAAAAGCAUUGGACGAUUUAAGAGAAGUGAUUGAAAGUGACCCAAGAAAUAUAAAAGCACAUUAUCGAAGAGGGUCAUGUUAUAAAGCUAUAUCCAUGUACUGCUUAGCAUUAAGAUCAUUUGAAUUCACAUUAAAGUAUGAUUGUAACAAUGUAAAUGCUCUCAAUUCUGUAAAAGAAUUAAAAAAUACAAUUACAAAUAUGCAUCCAAAAAAAUUAAUUAGAGUUCGUGAAAUAACUAGGCACUAUGAUGAAACUGUAUGGGAUAUAGAAGACCCAUUCCACGUGUCUUACAUGGAACUUUCUGAGUUAAGCAAAGACAGUGUUGAAUAUGUUUAUGAAGCCGAUUCUUUUGGAUGUUUAACAGAAUGUGUUUGUCAAUUGUGUCCAUGGCACGAGUGGCAGCAGCGUAAAAAAAAAUGGGGUCGUCACAAAAUGUUUAAAAAUGAAGGACCAAGAAAACGUUGGCAAUUUUUAACACCUGAUAUUGUGCCUGUAUUAUUGUCUACGUCUUUAGCUCCAGAAACUCAAAAACCGAAAAGAAUGAACGUUAUUGAAAUCAACUCUGCUAAAAUAAAUGGUCAUCAUAAUCCAACGAAAAUUUGCAAUAAUGGAAUUAACUCAGCUAAAAUGAAUGGUCAUUAUAAUUCAAAGAAAAUGAAUGGUAAAGAAAUCAAUGGAAUUGAUAAAUCUCCCUGUAAAAAUUGUGAUAACAACGAAAUAAAUAUAAAACCAGUUUCUAAUGUUCAAGAAUUUUUACAAACCUGGAAAAUAGCCAGUCAAAAAAAUAAUUAUGAAUUAUAUCAUAAACUUUUGCGGAGUAUUAAACCAAAAGAUUUACCUAGGGUUAUAAGUACGAAUUUGGAUGAAGAAAUCAUGUCUAAGUUUUUGGAAACCCUAAACCAGAAAUUUGAUCCUAAUCAUGAAUUAGAUCUUAUUGUAGAAUACUUAACAGCCAUGACCAAAGUUAAUCGCUAUAAUCUUAUUGCAAAGAUGUUAGACAACAAAGUUAAAGAAGGUAUCCAACCACUAAUAGAUCGUGUUCAUCGCCAUAUAAAUAAUAAUUUGUUCUCAUCAUUAUUAUGAUUUUUAACUUGUAUCAAUGAUGUGUUACUCUAUUUGAGUGAAUAAUUUCAAGAUAAUGUUCCACUUUUUAUGACACAAAGUAUGUUGUAUUGCGGUCUAUGCGUUUUUGUUGUCCAAGAAUUUAAAAAAAAAAAAUGUUUAAAUAAAUAAUAAAAAAAAAAAAAAAUGUAAUUUCAAAU